CUUCAAACGACGGGGCUUUUAACAAAACGCACAUUUCUCCUUUUCAUUAUCUUCUGUUACCUAACAAAAACCACAGCAGACUGUUGUCCACCCGCGGAUCAAAGAUGGUGCUGGUUGCCGUCGGCGAGAGACAGCCCGAGUGCCGCCAUUAUAUUCCCGUGGUACACCGCCAAGUGGUGGCUCAAUUCUGGCUUCCUCCAGUCACAACAUUCGAGGGGACCCUGGACAACCACCCGGCCCAAGUGGGCCACAGCUUUGCCCUAAGCGAACGUUUGCUCGAGAUCUGCUGA